GCCCGCGUGCAGCUGACAGUCGGUGCGCGCACUCACGGACAGAAGCCUCGCGAGCCGCUCGGUGCCCGUUGACGCACUAAACCAGACCUACCGGAUAGGAUCGGGAUCUACCGGAUAACGGUGACUGAAGAGGAGCCCGCGGAAUAAGCAUCUGACGGCGUCUUUUACCAAGCUGACUGGCAGCCCAGCCCAUGAUGGAGGAGCUUCACGACGUUCAGCUGACGGAGAUCAAGCCGCUGUUGACAGGACAGAACGGGAGGAACCUCCAGGACUUUGACUGUCAGGAACACGACGUGGAGACGGCCCAUGGUGUGCUGCAUGUCACCCUGAGGGGGGUUGCUAAGGGCAACCGACCCACAAUCCUCACCUACCAUGACAUCGGACUCAACCAUAAGUCUUGUUUCAACAGCCUGUUUAACUACGAGGACAUGCAGGAAGUGACGCAGCAUUUCUCAGUCCUUCAUGUUGAUGCUCCAGGACAGCAGGAGAACGCUCCUGUGUUCCCCACCGGGUACCAGUACCCCACCAUGGAUGAGCUGGCUGAGAUGCUGCCGUCGGUCCUGAAACAGCUUCAGGUGAAGAGUGUGAUUGGUAUCGGUGUUGGAGCUGGAGCCUACGUCCUCACCAAACUGUCUCUGAAUGAGCCCACUCUGGUGGAGGGUUUGGUUCUGAUCGACAUUGACCCCUGUGCUAAAGGCUGGAUGGACUGGGCCACCUCCAAGCUCAGCGGCUGGACGAGCAACCUGGUCGACUUGAUCAUGGGGCACCACUUCAGCACUGACGAGCUGACUGAGAACCAGGAGAUCGUCCAGACAUACAGACUCCACAUCUCUCAGGAUGUACCGCUGGACAACCUGGCCAUGUUCUACAACAGCUACAGCAGUCGAACUGAGCUGCAGAUUGAGCGGCCUAUCCCUGGUCUCAAUGAAAGCACCGUCACCACGCUCCGGUGUCCCUCUCUACUGGUGGUUGGAGACACGUCGCCUUCUGUCGAUGUCGUGGUUGAGUGUAACUCCAGACUGAACCCAACCAAGACCACCCUGCUCAAGAUGGCGGACUGUGGAGGACUUCCUCAGGUGGUGCAGCCGGGAAAACUAGCGGAGGCCUUUAAGUAUUUUGUCCAGGGGAUGGGCUACAUGCCUACAGCUGGAAUGACCCGGCUGGUCCGCUCCAGGACUCACUCGUCCUCCAGCAUCGGCUCCUCGGAUGGCGCCCGGAGCCGCGCCGCCACGCUGCCGGAGGGCGCUGCCGCCAUCCCCGGCCUCACGGCCGACCACGCCAUCAAGAUGGCUGCGUAGGGCCCCUCCCCGCUCGCCCCCCCCCCCCCCCCCUCUCUCCUUCUCUUCUUUACAACAUGUAACACCACAUAAAGUUCAGUAGAGUCUUUAGCGACUCGCUGUCGGCCAUCUUGGUUGCUUGGUAGAUGUGACCGUACGUAGAGGUCAGCUGGGUCAUAUUUUCGUGCGGUUGUCGUAUUUCUUCAGACCUUACCGGCUCUCUCCUGUUUACUCGUAUUCUUCCUCUGGUUCCAAUGGUUAUUAUUUAUUAUGCCGUUAUGUUGGUGUUGCUGUGAAACUUUUUUUUGUACCCACGAAAUAACAAACGAUUCUCCUGCAUCAAAGACGUUUUUUUAUCCAUUAAUCCGCUUUUAUGGCUUUGAUAACCAAUAAUAUUAAUUACAGUCACACGAGGCAGAAAUGUGCCACGACUUUGUGAUCAGCACUGAAAGAUCGAAUUCAGUUUGAUCCGUAACCUCUGGAGCCCCUAGUGGCCCGGAUGAGUAUUACACCAACAAAAUAACCUAAGAAAACACUCCUGCGUCAUAAACAUCAGAGCAGAAUGUGACUUUGUGGCUGUCGAGGCUUCGUACCCUCGGACGUGUUCACCAGUUAUGAACAGAUGUUUAUUAUCCGCGCUUCAUUUAAAGAUCUGAACGUCUUCCUCUGAUGGCGCCCGUUGUCAGCUCGCCGUGACUUUUGGUACUUUACUGGACAUGUGACUGCUCUGACCUUGAAUGUCUCCCUCGGGUGUUUGUGCGGUUGCCUGAAUGCGUAUUGAUUAUCUGAAGAGCUCACACAUCACUUUGUGUCACAUCUGGCCCGUUAAUCCGACUCGCUCUGAGUAUUAUUCAUAUAAUUAUAUAUUUAUAGAGCUGGAAGAACAGCAGCCUUUCUUCUCAACAAACCGACAUCCCAGUGAUUCUUUUUUUCAGAGUAUUAAACUCUUCUGCAGAUAAAAUGUUAUGGAUUAGAAUUCCUGAAAACAACUUUAGUUCUUUGAUCUUACAUAUUUACUGUAACUGUUACUGUUCAUAAUAUUUAUUAAUACUUUUUGAGAUUUGUACUGAAGUAGCUGUUUGUUGUUACAGGACUUUGAAUGUAAACACUGUUUGUAAUGAAAUAAAGCUUCCUGAAUAAUCCUGAA